AUGGAUGGAAAUGGCAUGGGGUGUAGGGGGUUUUUUGUGCCAGUCGACUCUGGCUACGGAAGCAGAAGCAGUGCGGAGGCAAUGACAACGGGUUUGGAGGCGCGAGUUACCAGGAUGAUGGUGGAGACAGAUUGUAAACAGCUUGUUGCGAUGAUACAUGGAAACAUGAAGACAGAUACUACUAUUGAUAGCAUUAUUCAUGAUAUUAAGUUAAUGGCUUCUCAUGUGCAAUGCAACUGCUCAUCUGAUAGCAGCGCAUGUAUCUCAUGUGGGUAG